AUGUCGGCCUCCCAAACUCCCGCCGUUGUCAUGGACAACGGAACGGGUUACUCCAAGCUAGGUUUUGCCGGCAAUGACGCUCCAUCAUGGGUAUUUCCAACUGCUAUAGCUACCAAGGCUGCAGCCGGAGGCGGAAGCGGCGGUGGCCGUCCUGCUGUUGCUCAGAAACCCAGUUUCCUUACCGGUGGCGCCGGACCAAGUGGGCACCUAUCUUCGAAGCGUGGAACGGAGGAUCUCGACUUUUUCAUCGGUGAUGAGGCUUUAAAUGCUGCUAAGGGGCCGGGUUAUGGAAUUGACUACCCGAUUCGACACGGUCAAAUCGAGAAUUGGGAUCACAUGGAACGCUUCUGGCAAUCCUCAAUCUUCAAGUACCUUCGUGUUGAACCCGAAGAUCAUUACUUCCUCCUUACCGAACCACCUCUGAACCCUCCAGAAUCUCGUGAAUCGACAGCCGAAAUCAUGUUCGAGUCCUUCAACUGCGCUGGUCUCUAUAUCGCCGUCCAAGCCGUCCUCGCCCUCGCUGCCUCCUGGACUUCCUCAAAAGUUCAAGACCGCUCACUAACCGGUACAGUCAUCGACUCUGGUGAUGGUGUAACUCACGUAAUCCCUGUUGCCGAAGGUUACGUCAUCGGAUCCUCUAUUAGGUCCAUCCCUAUUGCCGGUCGCGAUAUUACGUACUUCGUUCAAUCGCUCCUUCGUGACCGUGGAGAACCCGACAGCAGUCUCAAAACUGCAGAGAGUAUCAAAGAAGAGUUUUGUUACGUCUGUCCCGAUAUCGUGAAGGAGUUUAGCAAGUACGACAGAGAACCCGAUAAGUUCCAAAAGUACGUGGUGGAUCAGGGUGCUGGUAGGAAAGUGACAGUGGACGUCGGAUAUGAACGAUUCUUGGCACCAGAGAUCUUUUUCAACCCGGAGAUUAAUAGCAGCGACUUUUUGACUCCUUUGCCAGAGGUAGUGGAUGGUGUUAUCCAAAGUUCGCCUAUCGACGUGAGGAAGGGUCUUUACAAGAAUAUCGUUCUGUCUGGUGGUUCUACCCUUUACAAAGACUUUGGCCGCCGUCUCCAACGUGAUAUUCGCCACCUCGUCGACGCACGUAUCCGCCUGUCCGAACAAAGAGCGGGUACAUCCGUUCGCUCCAGCGGCCUCGAAGUCUCGGUUAUAACACAUAAACGCCAACGCUACGGUCCGUGGUUCGGUGGUAGUUUGCUCGGUCAAACACCAGAAUUCAGAAGCUAUUGCCAUACUAAACAGGAAUACGAUGAGAUUGGACCUAGUAUUGUUAGACGGUUUGCUCUGCUCGGUGGACCGGGAGGUAAUGCAUAA